CAUUCUCUCGAUCGAUCACGAUCGCACAGCUACCCACGGCGACGAUUUCCCUUGCUGGGAGCCAUUGCUUGAUCGAUCGGCCGUGGUAGGUCCCUCUCCGCGGCUGUCGAUCCGCGUCCCGGCUCCGGCUCGGGAAGAGCUCUCGUCGCCGGCAGGUUUUCUCGAAAGGACAGAGGAAACAAUACCGUUUAUCAUGUCAGGCGGGUCGGGUGGAUCUUCCCCGCCAUCGGAGCGAAUUAGCUCGAGUUCUCUGUCAGAUCUGAAGGACCUGGAGAUUUCUUCAGAGUCUGGCUGCUUGUCCAUUGUUGUACUAGGUGCUUCUGGGGACCUUGCUAAGAAGAAAACUUUCCCGGCACUCUUUAACCUUUUCCAACAGGGAUUUCUACAAGCUGGAGAAGUCCAUAUAUUUGGGUAUGCAAGAUCAAAUAUUUCUGAUGAUGGGUUAAGAGAACGCAUCCGUGGAUAUCUCAAAGGAGCUUCAGAGGAACCUCUUUCACAAUUUCUGCAAUUAAUUAAAUAUGUUAGUGGUUCAUAUGAUAGUGGGGAAGGAUUUGAACUGCUAAACAAGACAAUCUCUGAGAAUGAAACAUCAAAGGACUCCCGUAGACUAUUUUAUUUGGCAUUGCCUCCGUCAGUCUACCCCUCAGUAUGCAAAAUGAUAAGAUCAUACUGCAUGACUCCAUCCUCUCAUGGUGGUUGGACAAGGGUUAUUGUUGAAAAGCCCUUCGGAAAGGAUUUAGACUCUGCAGAGGAACUGAGUACCCAACUUGGAGAGCUUUUUAGUGAAGAACAACUAUAUAGAAUUGACCACUAUUUAGGGAAGGAGUUGGUCCAGAACCUGCUCGUGCUCCGCUUUGCAAAUCGCUUAUUUCUGCCCCUCUGGAAUCGUGAUAACAUUGAUAACGUACAGAUUGUAUUCAGGGAGGACUUUGGAACUGAUGGGCGUGGAGGAUAUUUUGAUCAAUAUGGGAUCAUCCGGGAUAUCAUUCAGAACCAUUUGCUGCAGGUCUUCUGUUUGGUAGCCAUGGAAAAGCCUGUCUCUCUUAGUCCUGAGCACAUAAGAGAUGAAAAAGUCAAGGUUCUGCAAUCAGUGACCUCUAUAAAGCAUGACGAGGUAGUCCUUGGACAAUAUGAUGGCUACAAGGAUGAUCCCACAGUGCCAAAUGAAUCCAACACACCUACAUUUGCAUCGGUCGUGCUGAGGGUACACAAUGAGAGAUGGGAAGGAGUUCCUUUCAUCCUUAAGGCAGGUAAAGCACUGGGCUCUAAGAAAGCAGAGAUACGUGUGCAAUUCAAGGAUGCUCCGGGUGAUAUUUUUAAAUGCAAGAAACAAGGGAGGAAUGAAUUUGUUAUACGCCUGCAGCCAUUGGAAUCCAUGUAUAUGAAAUUAACUGUAAAGAAACCAGGGCUAGAAAUGGCAACAGAACAAAGCGAACUGGAUCUAUCCUAUGGGCAACGGUACCAAGAUACGAAGAUCCCAGAAGCGUAUGAGCGCCUCAUCUUGGACACGAUAAGAGGUGACCAGCAGCACUUUGUUCGCCGAGAUGAGUUGAAGGCUGCCUGGGAGAUCUUCACUCCUUUGUUGCACGACAUCGAUGCCGGCAAGCUGAAAGCCCUGCCAUACGAACCAGGAUCCCGGGGUCCUCCAGAGGCCGACGAACUGAGCAAGAGGAUGGGGUAUAUGCAGACUCUUGGCUAUGUUUGGGUACCUCCUACCCUUGCAAAAUAGCCUUCAGCAGAGAAGCAUUUCUGGGUUUACAGACAGUUACCUGGGGGGGGGGGGGGGGGGGAAUCACUUGGGCUUGUGUGUAAUACGGAAGAGCAUUUGUAACAAGAAGUUUUUGCUUGCCAAAACAGUGUACCAUUUAUACAAUUAUAAAUAAAGGAUACCAUGUUUUUUGCUAA